GAGAAGAGCAGUGCAGGAAAGAAACAGAAAGCUUGCAAAGCAGGACUGGUUUAAGUGAAAGAAGACCAGAGAGGACAGUAGGAUGGAGCCUCAGAUAUCCUACUGGGCCUGAACAGAGCAAAACACCACUGGCUGGACCCGGUGCUAUCUGGACUGAACUGUGUCAUCAGGGCAGGCACUUGAGUUCAGGUUAGGAUAAACAAGGAGUCUCAGUUCAGGUGAAGCCUACACUGCUGGACGGAAUCACGCUGGACUAGGAGACGACAGCAGAGGAUUAUGGGUUGUUCGGCCAGUGUUGUCCUACUCCUACGUUCAGUGGGCGGUGCAGACUGCGGUCACAUGUGUUCGCGACAGGACCAGAUGUCAUUGGAAGCUGCCACUCCAACCCUAGAGGGUUACACCAAUACCACAUCCCCUCUGACCAUCAUAGUAAUGCAGGAGAAGCCAAAGCUGAUCGAUCCUCUCGACUAUGAGGCUGUCCUUUCUGAACUGGGGGAUGAGUUGAAGGAAGACCCUCUCAGAGACCUGCUCCUAUUCCCCGACAAUGAUUUCUCAGUAUCCACUGUGCCUCAGGAGAGACGCACUCUCAAAUCGACUGUUCCUGAGGGGGCAGAACUACAGGCUGAAUGUCUGCUGGUCAGACAGGCCUGUCAGUAUUACAACUCCGACCUAAAUGUGGUCCAGUUCAAGUAUGAUGAGUACGCUGGAGACUACCGCCUGCUGCCCAGGAAACUGUACAAAGCUGAGAAGCUGCCGUCACAUUCUUUUGAGAUCGACCAUGAAGACAUUGACAAGGAUGAGGAUACAACAUCCCUGUCCUCAUCCAAAGGAGGGGGAGGUGGUGGAGGUGGGAUCGGUGUGUUUCGGUCAGGCUGGCUCUACAAAGGGAACUUUAACAGCACCGUCAACAAUAGCAUCACUGUUCGGUCGUUCAAGAGGAGAUAUUUUCAGCUCACCCAGUUGACGGAUAACUCGUACAUCAUGAACUUUUACAAAGAUGAAAAGAUCUCCAAGGAGCCCAAAGGGUGCAUCUUCCUUGACUCCUGCACUGGUGUGGUACAGAAUAACCGUCUAAGGAAACAUGCCUUUGAGCUGAAAAUGAACGAGGUUACGUACUUCGUGCUGGCCGCGGAGAGCGAGCAGGACAUGGAGGAAUGGAUCAGCACUUUGACCCGCAUCCUACAGAUCAGCCCCCACGAUGGUCCCGCUCCUGACCGCAAGAGUCUUGACCUCACCGACCAUCGGCAGGAUGUGUUUGACCUGUCGUUGAGUGACUGCUGCUUACAGGAGAAUGAAGAUACUACAACAGAGAACGGCAUCAAUCCAGAGCUAGCAAAGUAUAUCUCUGAGACAGAUGAAGGAAUUCGUUCUGCCAGGAGAGAAGAGAGAUUGAAUCUGUUCUCCCUGGAUCCUGAUACUCCUGUCCUGAGGAGCCCGCGGACCGAAAAUUCAUCAGUUGAAAACUCAACGGUGCGUCCGUUUGAGGAGAAACUGGGCAGGAGGUUUAUGAUAACCUGCCGAUCUCUCAACCUCAUGCUACAGGGCUGCAUCAACGAGACUGAAACUGGACCGGUCACUAAUAUUGAACCCCUCUUUGUGUCGCUGGCUCUGCUGGAUAUACGAGAAGGAAGGAAGGUGUCUGCAGAUUUCCACGUAGACCUCAACCACGAGGCGGUGCGUCAGAUGUUAGGAGGCUGCUGUAACGGGACAGUUGAACCGGCGACGGGGGUCGGAGUUCAGGAGAAUGGCCUGAGCUCUCCUGCUGAGAAGAAGCCAGGAGAUUGUAGCCUUAGCCCGGAGUUAGAGCAGUGGCUAAGCUUUCCCAAACAGGCCAUUUUCUCAGUCACCAACCCCCACACCGACAUCGUGAUGGUGGCAAGAGUGGAAAAGGUGCUGAUGGGAAAUAUUGCUUGUGGGACGGAACCUUACAUCAAGAAUACGGACUCCAGCAAGACUGUGCAGAAGAUUUUGAAAUCCAACAAACAGUUCUGUAGCAAACUGGGAAAGUACCGCAUGCCAUUUGCCUGGUCCGUCAGGUCAGUGUUUAAGGAUAACCACGGGGCCCUAGACAGAGACUCUCGUUUCUCGCCUCUCUUCAAACAGGAGAGUAACAAGAUCACCACAGAUGACUUGAUUAAGAUGGUGUCUGAGUACAGGAGGGCUGAGAAGACCAGCAAACUGCAGACUAUUCCUGGCACGCUGGAGAUCUCCGUUGACUAUGUUCCAUUGGAGCAUCCCAACUGUGUGACAUCCUCCUGUGUGCCGGUGAAGCCCUUUGAGGACCUGAGCAAACACCUGCCUACUGUGGAGGUGGAGGAGUUUGUCCAGGACACCACCAAGUUCACACAGCCACACCGCGUCUACAGGAAUCACAUCUACGUCUACCCCAAACAUCUGAAAUAUGACAGCCAAAAGAGCUUUGCUAAGGCUCGUAACCUCUCCGUCUAUGUGGAGUUCCGCUGCUCAGACGAAGAAUUUGCCAAACCUUUAAAGUGUAUCUACGGCAAGCCAGGAGGUCCAGUCCUCACCACAGCAGCCUGUUCUACAGUCCUACAUCACUCCCAGAACCCCGACUUCUACGAUGAGGUGAAGAUUGAGCUUCCUACUCAACUUCAUGAAAAGCACCACCUUCUCUUCUCCUUUUACCACGUCGCCUGCGACAUUAAUGCUAAGACGAAUGCUAAGAGGAAAGAAACCCUGGAGACCCCCGUGGGGUACUCUUGGCUGCCCCUCCUCAAAGAAGGCCGCCUGUCGUCCCAGGAGUUCAGCGUCCCUGUCUCCUGUAACCUGCAGCCUGGAUACCUGGCCAUCAAGGAAGCCAGCAACACCAAGAAUGGAGCUGAUGUAAAAUGGGUCGAUGGGGGAAAAACUAUUUUCAAAGUGUCAACCAAUGUCGUCUCCACAGUGUACACCCAGGACCCCCACCUGAACCGAUUCUUCCAGCAGUGCCAGAAAAGAGAGCUGGACCUCUCACUACCUCCUACCUCCAACUUCCUCAACUGCCUGAAGGGUCUUCUCAAUAUGGAGAGGAUCCCAGUGAUCAUCCGAUAUCUGCCUGUGCUAUUUAACCAGCUUUUCAAGGUUUUGACACAGAAUGACAACGAUGAUGUCACUACUGCCACCACCAGAGUGCUGGUUCACAUUGUUGCAAAGUGCCAUGAAGAAAACCUGGAUCACUACCUGCACUCGUAUAUCAAGUAUGUGUUUAAGUCAGAGGCCCACGGCUUCAGGACGGUUCACGAGGAGCUGGCUAAGGGGAUGACCUUUGACCUGAAGAGCAAUGAGCAGGCAGCAGUCAGGAACGUCCUGAAGUUCUCGUGGUUCUUCUUUGAGCUGAUUGUCAAGUCCAUGGCCCAAAAUCUGGACGAUUCUGACAAGGUCAAGCUUCCGAGGCCCCAGCGUUUCCCCUCAUCCUACCUGAGCCGCGUGGAGACCCUGGUGGAGACGGUGUCUGAACACAUCUUCUGGAAAAACAAAGACCUAGCAGAAGAGACACGCAGCGCAAACUUGGCCGUGGCAGCUUUUGUCAAGCGUUGCUUUACUCUCAUGGACCGAGGCUUCACAUUCAAACUCAUAAGCAACUAUAUAAACAUGAUCACUGCCACUGACAGCAAGGUGUUGUGUGAGCGGAAAUUUGAAUUCUUGAGAGACGUCUGUAACCACGAACACUACAUUCCUCUGAGUCUGCCGCUACCCUCCGCUCGCAUCGCAGACCAUUCAUCCCCAGAGCCACAAAGUACUCAUGUGUCAGUGCCCGAGUACAACCUGACCGGAGAGUUCUGCAGAAAGCACUUCCUGACUGGCCUGUUGCUACGGGAACUGGGGCUGGCCCUCCAGGACGAGCAAGACCUGAGACACCUUGCGUUAGCCACCUUGAAGACUCUCAUGGCUAAACACUCUCUGGAUGCACGCUAUGCCACCAAGGAAAAGCAGGCAAGAAUUGCAUCUCUGUACCUGCCUCUGUAUGGCCUGAUCCUGGACAACAUGCCUCGAUUCUUCCUCAGGGACCUCUUCCCCAUCUACUUCACUUCAAGUGACCAAGGCUCUCGAGACGACCUCAGUGUAGGAGGGGUAGUGGCGGGAGGGGUGAUUCCCGUCAUUCGCCAUGGCAACUCUGUGGAUGCAUCCUUUUCUAAAGAAGUACUAAACUCCAUCACAGCCUUCUCCUCCUUGGUAGUUGCCACGGGUAACCAAACCGACUCUCGGGGUUCUCUGAUCAGCGUGGACUCCAACCCUAGCAACAGCGACAGGAACAGUGAGAAAAUGGACGGAUGUGAGAAGUUUGCACGGCCGCAGUCCCUCAUAGGCUACGGUUCUCGUUGUGACAAGCUGGACCAGGCAGAGACCCGCAGUCUGCUCAUGUGCUUUUUGCACAUCAUGAAAACCAUAUCUGAGGAUGUGCUAGUGUCCUACUGGCACAGGGCCAUUCACCAGGAGAUCUCCGACUUCUUUAACAUCCUGGAGUAA